ACGGUAAAUGUUCGAAUCAAGCGGUUUCGAAUUUAGCGCGUCAGUGCACGCUGUUUACUUUUUUUUUUAAUUGUGAGCAAUUUCCGCGAAACAUGGACAAACUUCUGGAGGAUUGGUCACAGUGGAAUCCCAUGGUCUUGGAUUUUAACAACGAGCACCUUAAUAAUUACGCAGAGGAGUGUGGCCAUAAUGUGGUUGAGAAGGCACGAGUGCCCUUGAAGCCGAGCGACAUGCUUCAGAAAGAGGCGGCCAAAGCAGACGCGGAAUAUCCGUUCUUGGUUCUAAAGAAAAAAGUUAGUUUCGUCACCAAAUGUGCGGUACUAAAUUUCUUUGACCAAAGCCAUGUGCGCAGCAUCGAUAUGCAGGCCAAAUCGGACAUAUUCAAAGUGUUCUUCAAUGACUUGGGUUCCUUGGAGGCUGCACACUCCCAACUGGAAGCAUUUCCACAACUAAUGCAGUUGCAUCGAAGACAAUUUGGCGGUGAGGAGAAGCCCAAGCCCAAGUCCAAGGUAAGCGAUUCAGCCGAUCCAGUUAAACUUCCAGCACUGGUGCCAACUGCUCGUGGAAAUAUUGAUUUGAGCUCGCGCACAAUACAUGUAUCGACCAGCGGAAAUAGGCAUCCGGAGUUCCUGGUUGUGCCAAUCGUGGACGCAACGUCCUAUAAAGGCAGCUCUCAUCUGGCAAUUCGAGAUGCUGAGAAGCGCUUUCUGAGUGUGAAGUUCGAGUAUAAUUUGGAGCGCUACGGUGCCUAUGUACUUGAAAGAGAAUAUGAAGAUGAAUCGUCAACGAAGCCGCUGACGAUGCAGCUACGAUGCGGCAGAAAAUUAUACAUCAGGAGUUCGGACUUGGAUGAUGUGCAAAGGGAUGUGAAUGUGGCGGACGAUGACAGCGAGGAGCUGGAUAUGUCUGGAUACAAGAAAUGCGCAGUCUGCAACGGUUACACAUCCACUGUGUGCAAAAUUUGCGAAAUGCCCUUUUGCGAUGCAUUCUGCUGGAGCAUUGUAUCCAUGCAGCACGAUAAGAAAUGUGGCACGGGUCAGGAAGUGGAUAUAAAUGAUGAAAGUUUUGAAAAAUUGGUACCCAAGUGUGGUUUGCCGCCAAAACGUACCCUGGUGAAGAUUACAGCCUUCGAGCAAUCGAACGUCGUAUAUGUGCGCCCGGCUGAUACCCUUUCUGAUGUGGCCUACAACCAUGUGCUCGCUGAGGUCUGGAAGCAUGGCCAAACUGUUGCCAAGCUUGACCAGCUGCCCGUUUGUGGCCAGAUUGUAAUCUACAAGUUCGGGGAACACGUUGUGCGGGCCAUGGUGCUGAAUGUGGACAAUCCGAGGGAUAUAUGCGUGGUCUCCAUUGAUUACGGAAGCGUUGAAUACACCGAUCCGGGUAACCUGUAUCAGUGCAGCUCCUAUGUGAGCGAUUUGCCGCGCUACGCUACACCUGUGAAGCUUCGCGGUGUGCCCAGGCGCGCCGUAACACCUAAUCUGCGGGAAGUUAUGUACGGAAUGCAAGGCUGUUCGAUGACUUUUCAGCUAAGGUACCACACACGUGAGUACGACAAUGACAACCACAUGCAGAGGGCAGUGCUCAUCUUUCUGGAGAACAAUAGAACGAUAAACAGUCUGCUCAAGCAUGUGAUAACACCCAUCGAGCCCGAUUUGAGUGAUCCCGGACUCACUGAAGAUAUUCUGCCGCAUGUGGCUGCGCCAACGGGGAAGAACACUGAUUUGAUUAUCACUGACAAUUCGUUUCUAAAGUACGGCAUUAUCUAUUGCACACCGACAAUAUUGGCAGUAGAGAUCACGAAAAUGCAACGGGCAUUCCAAGACUAUGGGGAGAAUAUUGCCAAAGCUGACGCCUAUGCCGCUCCGAAAGGGCAAUUGUGCAUUGCCAAGUAUAUGGGGAAAUGGAGUCGCGGCGUUUCCAUGGAGCUUGUGGGCGAUGGCUAUCCCAGCAUCUUGUUUCUGGACUAUGGAAAUAUCGUACCAGUCCAUGUGACUGAUAUCCGUGCAUACCCGCCACAGUUCACAUAUCCUGUAUUGACUACCGAAUAUGUUUUGAUGGGCUUGCCUGAGAACCUCAGCGAUGUGCAGGUGGAACGUCUCGAGAGACGUCUGGCCCUGGGCGCCAUUGUCACCUGCGAUGAAAUCGUGAAGGACGAGAACAACAAAUACUCGCUACUUUUUAAAGAUAUCCAACAACUUGUUCUGCGAUAAAAGUAUAACUCUAUCAU